UAUCCAUAAUGCUGAAGAUCCUUUAAAGGCAAAUUAGAAUUGGCGGAUCUGAGAUAUGAUUUUUUUAUUCUAUAUGAGGUAAUGAAAUCAUAAUAUCCACACAAAUGUUAAUCACCUCCUUCCUUGUGUCUUGUGUAAGAAAGGGGAUUUUCUUGCAAGAGGAGGAUGAGGAAUGGGCCAUGUGUCACCGGGGGCAAAUCCGUCAAUCCCUCGCCCACCGCUGCCGUGGACUAGCCACGCAUCGCCAUCACCGGCCACCGCCCCCGGGAGGCCUCUAGUCAACUCCGCCUCCGCCGCCGCGUCCCCGGCGACCACCGCCCCCGAAAUGCCGCACCACCCUUCCCCCUCGCACCCUACUCUGCUCCGCUGUCUCCUCACCCGGCGCCGCGUGGUCCUCGCCUGCGCCGCCGUCACCGUGCUCGCGGCGGCCGCGGCUCUGCUUCUGGCUGCUCCGACCACCGAGGUCCCCGGCCGCGCCUUGCUCGUAGCUGGCGCCCGCCUCCACCCCAGGCCCCGCGAGGAGCCCCGUGCCGCCGCGGCGGGGCGCUCCCCGGACGACGCCCCCUCGCUGCCGCCGGCCCCGGCGCCGCCCCCUCCCCUCAAGGCCAAGGCUGGUUUGCCAUCUAAGAUUUCACCGGCCCUUUCCAUGUUUUCGGCGCCAGUGCCUUCGCCGGCAGAGAAUUUUGAUGAUGGAUCAGCGGAGGAACCCGAGCAUCCCGAUAUGAAGGCUAUUGUUCCAUCGACUAUCGUGCCAGGCCCUUUGAUUUCUUCGGCGGCAGCACCUUCACCGGUGGAGAAUUUCGAUGAUGGGUCAAUGGAGGAACCUGAGCGUCCUGAUUUGAAGGAAGAUCCGUUAAAUGAAUCGGCCCCUUUUCUUCAGGAGCCCGUUUCCAGUGGUCCUCCUACUGUGAGCUCUGAUGUCAGCCAAGACCCCAACAAGAGUGGAAAUGCAGAGCCGCAUCCAAAGCCACAGAUACCGCUUUGGUCAACAGCGGCAGAUGAAGAGCUUUUAUAUGCGAAGAAAGAGAUUGCUAAUGCACCUUUGGUAUUUGGCGAGCCUGAUUUGUAUGCGCCUCUAUUUAGGAAUGUGUCCGUCUUUAAGAGGAGUUAUGAACUGAUGGAGAGGCUUCUUAAGGUUUUCAUAUAUCAUGAUGGAGCAAAACCAAUUUUUCAUUCUCCGGAGUUGAAGGGCAUCUAUGCCUCUGAGGGAUGGUUUAUGAAACUUAUGGAGGCAGAUCGGAAUUUUGUUGUGAGGGAUCCGAACAGAGCUCAUCUGUUCUACCUGCCGUAUAGCGCUCGGCAGCUGGAGCAUAAUCUUUAUGUUCCUGGAUCAAAUACACUCGACCCACUAUCUAUAUUUGUGAAAAACUACAUAGAUAUGAUCUCUGCUAAGUUUCCGCAUUGGAAUAGGACGAAAGGCGCUGAUCAUUUUUUCGUUGCUUGCCAUGACUGGGGACCUUACACGACCAAAUUACACGACGAACUGCGGAAAAACACCAUCAAAGCUCUUUGUAAUGCAGAUGUCUCAGAAGGGGUUUUCAUCCGUGGAAGAGACGUGUCCCUUCCAGAAACAUACCUCAAGUCUGCAAGGAGACCUGUGAGAGACAUCGGUGGAAAGCCAGCGGCAGAGAGAUCUAUCCUGGCCUUCUUUGCAGGGCAGAUGCAUGGCCGUGUUCGGCCCGUCCUUCUCAAGCACUGGGGAGGUAAGGACGCGGACAUGCGAAUAUACACCCGGAUCCCACGCCAAAUCACUCGGCGGAUGAACUAUGCCAAGCACAUGAAGUCGAGCAAGUACUGCAUCUGUCCGAUGGGGUACGAGGUGAACAGCCCCCGGAUCGUGGAGGCGAUCUACUAUGAGUGCGUACCGGUGAUCAUCGCCGACAACUUUGUGCUCCCGUUCGACGAUGCGCUCGACUGGACCGCGUUCUCCGUGGUGGUGGCGGAGAAAGACGUGCCGAGGCUGAAGGAGAUCCUGCUGGCGAUCCCGGAGAGCAGGUACGUAACCAUGCGGUCCAAUGUGAAGAAGGUGCAGAGGCAUUUUCUGUGGCACGCGAAGCCUGUCAAGUACGACAUCUUCCACAUGAUCCUGCACUCGGUUUGGUUCAGCAGGGUGAAUCAGGUGCACCAAGUAGAGCAGCACUAGGUAGUCAUCUUCCACCUUCAGGUAAGCUCUUCAGUCCGAAGGAAGGAUGGAGGUGAUGUAACCUGACCUCGAUAGACGCUACUAGUAUUCUAAUUGUAACCUCAUAUCUUCUGCUUUGCAAAGAAAAAGGAGAGAAAAUUACAGAGUUGAGGUCCUGACAUUACUGAACAUUUACAUGUGCAUGGGUCGAAUCAACUAACAGAGACAGAGACAUAUGACCUUGACAUUGUUACUGAUAUGAUAAUUGGUCCUGGCAUAUGACCUUGACCUUGACAUUGUGUAUUAGCUCUAAAGUUUCUCUCUUUCAUGGUGAGACAAGGGACUGGUUUGCGUCCACACUAGCUGGGAAUACUUUUUUUUUGCUGUUGUUGAGGUGAACAAUGACAGUCAUUCUUGAUUGCACA